AUGGGGAAAAAGGCUAAAAAGAAUCCCAGAAGUGGUCAUAAGGAUAAGCGGGUCGGCUGCUCUGCAAAAACUAAUUCUCAGCAGCAGAACACUAUUGCUAAUGUUGAUAAAACCACUGAUGACGGAACUACUGUAGUUUUAAAGGAUAAAAGAGUAUGCUCACAUCUUGAUAAGGGUGUGAAUUUAGAGAAGCUUUCUGCUAAAUUUGGGUCUUCAGAAUCAUUUAAGUGUGAAGAUUGUAGGGAUGGUGGGGAUGGUAGACGUGGGGGUAAGGGGAAAGUUAAACAAGGAAAGAAAAAGGGGGGUGCAGAGUCGAGAACAGAGUCUAAGGCCAUUUGGGUAUGCUUGGAGUGUGGCCAUUUUUCGUGUGGAGGUGUUGGAUUGCCAACAACUCCUCAAACCCAUGCCAUUAGACAUGCUAAACAGAACCAUCAUUCAUUAGCCAUCCAACUUGAAAAUCCUCAACUUCGUUGGUGUUUCCGUUGCAAUAUUUUAAGUGCUGAAAAAUCAGAAGAUGGUGUUGAAGAAAAAGAUGUAUUACAUGAAGUUGUUAAGAUGAUGAAAAUACGGCGGUCUGACGGUGCUGCUUUGGAUGCAGAAGAUGUUUGGUUUGGAAGUGGCAGUGUAACAAGUACUAUAACGUCAGAAAAGUCUGCAGUAGUUGGUUCAGGUGGUAGGGAUAGUUAUGUAGUUAGAGGGUUGAUUAAUUUAGGGAACACCUGUUUCUUUAAUUCUGUCAUGCAGAAUUUAUUGGCACUGGAUAGGGUACGAGGUCAUUUUUCAAUGGAUGGCUGUUUUGGACCCCUUACUGCUGCUUUCAAGAAGCUUGUUUCCGAGACCAACCCAGAUUCUGGCUUGAGAAAUGUUAUAAAUCCUAGAUCGUUCUUUGGUUGUGUUUGUGCAAAGGCGCCUCAAUUUAGAGGAUACCAACAGCAAGACAGUCAUGAAUUGCUUCGGUGCUUGCUUGAUGCUUUGUCUACUGAAGAACUGAGUGCAAAAAACCGGAACAAAUCUUCCCAGGAAGAUGGCAAUUCAGAUCCUACCUUCGUCGAUGCCAUCUUUGGUGGUCAACUCUCAAGCACAGUUACCUGCUUGGAAUGCGGAUACUCUUCGUUGGUCUAUGAGCCCUAUUUGGAUCUCUCACUACCAGUUCCAACGAAAAAGCCUCCUUCCAAAAAGGUCCAGCAAGUGAAUCGAGCCAAAAAACCUAAACCACCUCCGAGGAGAAAUGCAAGGAUCCGUCCUAAAAUGGUCAGAGAUACAAAUGAUUUACCAUCUACAAGUACAUCUGAUGCUUAUGUUGAUGGAAAGUCUUCUAGCACACCACAAUCUAGCGUACAUAUUCCUGAACAAAAUGUGGUUUCUUCUGGUGGUUCUGCUACUGAUGUAAGUGUUAUGGCUGAUACCAAGAGCAUAACUGCAGACUGUCUGUCAUCUGAUCAACAUGCUCAGUCCAACAAAGCUGUUGAAAGUAUUGUCGAGAAACCAAUUCCAGCAGAUGAUUUCACCUGGUUGGACUUUCUUGAGGCAGAUACAGUUUCAAACAAUGAUAACAUGACUUCUCAAAUGGAUGACCUUUCAAUCAAUCAUGGUUCUGCAGAUGAAAAUACUGUACAAAAUGAAGUAUUGCAAAAUUCUUUGGAUUCAUGUGGUGAUAAUAUUUCAACAUUUACAGAUACAGCAUGUUGCUCUCGUGAUGAGAUGCAGUUAGUUCACCACGGGAAAGAGAAGUUAUUGAAUGCACAAGAUAUGGCCUCACAAAUUGAUGAGAAAGUAGUCCUUGACAGUUCUGGAUGUGCUGAUACUAUGCAUAGUGAGGCUAAUUGGGAGAAUAGCUCAGAACUCAGCUCUUUGACUUGCUCUAGAGAUUUAAAUCUUGGAGUUGAUUCCUUGGGGAAAUUUUCAGAAGAGGAAACUCCAUUGCUUGUUCAAGAGUCUGAAGUUCUUCUGCUUCCAUAUAAAGAAGAUACCUGUGACAUAGUGAAGACAGAUGGUGAUUUCUUCUCAUCAGCUAUAGGUUGUGAACAAGAUUCAAUGGAAUUUGAUGGUUUUGGUGACUUGUUUAAUGAGCCUGAAGCUACAGGCCCUAGUAUGAAUCCCUCAUCCAUGUAUAAUGCUUCUGAGACAAAUGAAGUUUUACAUGCUGGUUUUGGGGGAAACAGCAGUGAGUCUGAGCCAGAUGAGGUUGACAACACUGAUGCUCCAGUUUCUGUUCAGAGUUGUUUAUCUUAUUUCACAAAACCAGAGCUUCUUUCAAAAAAUGAACAUGCUUGGCAAUGUGAAAAUUGUGCAAAGGUUUUGCAAGAACAAAAAAUCAGAUCAAGAAAGAAACUUCUGAACCCUUGGCCUGAAGAAAUGACAGAAUUGGGCAAAGCUACACGUGCCUCUGGUCUGUCACCUUUACAGGAUAGCAGCCCUUUUUCCUCUGAGGUGAGACAUCUAUGUAAUGGCUAUCUGAAAAAUGAGACAGUUGACCCAUCUGAUGACAGCUUUCGUCACACAGUACAGAGACUGAUGUUAAGCAGAAUGUCAUGUAUGGUGAGAAUGCUGAAUGGUGACAACUGCAAAAGACAUGAUGGUUCCCAUGUCAGAUGCACUGAUGGUAAAGUUCAAAAGGACAAAUUUUGUACAGGAACUGGUAAAUGUGAAACAGAAGAGACUAAGGAUGAUGAGAAGAAUGCAGAAAAAGUUGAGAGGGGCACUAAGAGAAUCCUAAUUAAUAGCGCACCACCUAUCCUAACAAUCCAUCUGAAAAGGUUCAGUCAAGAUGCUCGAGGGCGCUUGAGUAAACUGAAUGGCUAUGUGCAAUUCGACCGUACAAUAGAUUUAAAGUCAUACAUGGAUCCAAGGUGCAUGGAGAGGGACAGAUACAAAUACAAUUGUGGGGUGGUGGAACAUAUGGGAUCAAUGAGGGGAGGCCACUAUGUUGCAUAUGUGAGGGGAGGCAUGAAGAACAGUGGGAACACUGAAAGUCAGAAUGGAGAUUAUGUGUGGUAUCAUGCCAGUGAUGUUUACGUGCGUGAGGCUUCUCUGGAAGAAGUUCUUCACUCAGAGGCCUACAUUUUGUUCUAUGAAGAGUUUGAAACAUUUUGCAUUUUUUUGUUCAUUUCUUAUAAGAGUUUUGGUGCAACCAACGCACCAUAUGAGAGAGAGAGAGAGAGAGUCUAAACCAAAACACAAUAUCCAAUACAAUUCUUUUUUGAAGUGAAAUGAGUUUAAAAGAUGUACUAAUCAAGGGAAAACCAUGUUUUUUUCUUUUCUAUUGGCCCUGAUUUUGGAUCCAUAUUCGUUCUUGCCCCAAUUUGGGAAUACAAGUUUUAUUGAUCA